GUUAGGACUAGGGUUAGGGUUAGGGUAGGGUUAGGGUUAAGUUGAACCCAUUCCCCCACACCUUUAGGGUGGGUUGUAACUGACUAUUUCAGUAACUCUCCAAAACUGAUAAUCCGAUAGUCACACCCUCUUCAUGGUGUGAUUAGCCAGCUAUGCAGAGAUGAGAAAGGAGCCUCUCUCUAGCUCUCUUUUUUGACACAACUAUUUCUGUCACUUCUCAUGUGAACAACCAAGUGUAACACUGGGAGCACCCUCUUUAAGAGACUAUCUGAAAUACGUGCACUGUUAUCCAUGUAUUUAAAUGAUAUCAUGCCCUCUACGUCUUUAUGGCAGCCACUCCACCUUCGAGGCCAUUCAGAACAACUAUAAACACAACCCGUCAUAUAAAUUACUUCUGAUCGAGCAUAAACCAACCCUCAUAGUGCGUUCCAUUCAAGUUUGAGGUCAAAAACUUCCAAGUUGAAAAUGAUGAAUCCUGAGCUCAAAGUGUUCCACGACUCACAACGUCAAAUGGAAACAUUCAACAUGGCUGACUGAGAGAAACUCAUCUUCUACAUAUAGCUAGUUAACUAGCUUGCAACAUUUAUGACUAAUUUUAAGCUCUACAUAGAUAAUCGGUCUUAUUUUAUUUACAGUGUUUUUAGCCAGGAGAAUUGACUAUAUAGCCUUAAGUUGAUUACUUAACAUUCACGGUGUUGAUCUCCAUGUUCACUUCUGUAGACGCGGCUAUAUCGAGUGACGUCAGAGCUUCGCUUCACGGUGAAGUCAGGGUGCAUGAAAUUUGGCCCAAGUUUCCCAAACAGAGCUCCAACUUCAAGAGCUGUUCCAUCAUAAUUUUUUAAGUAGGAAGUUGUAAAUUUUCAAGUUCUGAGUUGCCUGAAAUGCAGCAUAAGAGUCUUCGGCCGUGCUAGUGUCUCUGUGAGGUGGUUCCUUCAGGUAAAUAAUAACGUUAGCAUGAUAACAUGCUCACAAUUACAACGCUAACAUUCUGAUGUUUACUGUAGCAGGUAUAAUGUCCACCAUCUUAUUAUAGUGUGUUAGCAUGCUAACAUUUGCUAGUUAUCACUCAACACAAAGUACAGUUGAGGCUAAUGGUAAUGAAAUAAGUUUUGCAGGUAUUUGGUCAUAAACCAUAGUACAGGACAGAUUAAAAUUUUGACAUCCAUCCAACUCCCAUCCAUCAGACGCCUUUAGAGCUAAAACUAUCAAGUAUUUUGCAAAAAAAUGGCUAAAAUUUGAAAGAAGUAAGCGGACAUUUUCUUCCUUAUUUCCCAUCUUGUUUAUCAUCUCACAACUUGUCAUAAAAUCUCAGACAACACUGAUCUGACAUUAGCAAGACUCAGGGAAACUGCAUUUCAACAUGACAACAAUUUACCUGCAGUAAAUUACAGCUCAAACCAAAGGCGACAUGUUUGUUACUGAGAGUCUGAGCUGCAGCGUUUUAUGACACGUUUAAUGGAGUGAUGGAAAAUUAUAGACAGGAAGAGACAAAUGUUUCAGAGCAAAGGCAGCACGUGUUUUCUCCUAACAUCUGUCAUCUCCUUCACAUACUCCUGUAAGUAAUUUGUCUUCAUUUGGGCAGUGCAUCCCACUUCAGCAGGCUAUUAGACAUGAAGAGAUUUUCCCUGCAUGCACACACAUUAUGGAUGGAUUUCCAUAUGAGACUGUACACAUUAUGUCACGGGUCACUGACUGUAAAACAUUUGAUCUUAUGUCUGUGGCAGCAAUUACUCUUGAGAUUCGCUUUGACAUGAAAUGCAGAAAAAAUCAGGGAAAUGUAAACAGGAAGAACCUUGUUCUGGAUAAUAAUCUAAGAUUAUAGUAAUCUUUUUUAUUAAUAUGCUCAGAGGAAGUCUGGAAUAUAAUUUGCCAUUUGUAAUGGAUGAUAUUGCAGGCAAAGAUUUGUAGAAGGGGAGGAGCGAUGGGGUUGGACGAGCUGCAGAGAGUGAACAGUGAAAUAGUUCAAAUGAAGCAGAGAAAAACAAAGAGUUGUUGCAGUGCAAUGGGUUUCUAUUGUUUCUGUGGAAGUAGAGAGAAUGAAUCCUUUAAUCGACGUGGUGGCACAUCAUCAGAGUCGGCAGAAGGAUGCACAGAAUUCUCCUUGUCACCCAAGGAGCCCCAAACGCAACAAGAUUAUGAAGAUUUGAUAUAUCUGCUGGGAGGCGAAACACGGUGGCUACAUAUCGAAAGCCAGGAUUAGUUGCCUUUUCAUUUCAUCUCAUCUGGCCUGGCCUCGACCAUGAGGCUAGAGCGCGGGCGACGGGCUUCUCUGGCACUCACCCUCAACUUUGUGGCGUUCGCUUUUGCCUUAUCAGCGGUGACCACCAACUACUGGUGCGAGGGGACCAGGAAGGUACCCAAGCCCUUCUGCACAGGACCGCCGAUGAAGGUGAAGCAGUGGUUCUGCAUCCGCUUCAACAGCUCCAACAUCAACGACAGCCGAUUGGUCCAGUACAUCUUUGAGACCGGCGAGGAGAAGUUUCUACUGAGGAAGUUCCACACGGGCAUAUUUUUCUCCUGCGAGCAGGCCGCUGACAUGAACGGGUUUGACUGUCGAGACUUCUCAGAGAUUGCACCUGAACAUGAAAGAGGGGUCCUGUGGUUGUGUAUAGUGGCGGAGAGUCUGUACCUCACCCUCCUCUUCGCAGGCGGGACUCUGAUGACCCUGGAGCAGUGUCCCUGCUUUAGUGUUAUGAACAAACUGAAGCUCAGUGCCUUCGCUGCCUUGUGCACAGCCCUGUCAGGCCUUUGUGGGAUGGUGGCCCACAUGAUGUUCACCACCAUAUUCCAGCUGGCUGUAGCUAUGGGGCCAGAAGACUGGAGGCCCAAGACCUGGGACUACAGCUGGUCUUAUGUCUUAGCGUGGGGCUCCUUCGGCACCUGCAUGGGCUCUGCGGUGACGGCGCUGAACAGGUACACAAAGACCAUCAUAGAGUUCAAAUACAAACGGCGAAACAUCGAGAAGAGCCUGAUGGUCAAGCAGAAGAUGAUGGAUCUGGAUCUCCCCGAGCAGAUGUGGGACAUGUACCUGACUGCUGCACCCGCUUACGCCGAGGCACCGCCAGAACUGCAGGUCAACGGCCACAAACCGUCCACAGGUACAACAACAUAUGUGGUCGAAAUGGACGAUGUACCAGAACAACAAGGAGAGGCAUACUGCUAAAAAUGGAGUCACCAUCCCUGUCCCUGUGCCCCACUGGAACAAAUUUCGGGCUGAUUUCCUGAACCUAAAUUGACUCUUGUUCCUGGAUUUAAAAUUCUAAUACGGGAGAAUAUUUGUUUGUUUUGUUCCUUGCCACAUAUCAAAUGUGUGUCUGUGAAGCCAGAGCCUAGAAUCUUUCUCCGAAAAUAAUUUAACACGGUCGGCUCGGACACAACAUGCAUUUCAUCAAAUCUCUCCAUGCGAUAUUAUUUGUGGGAUGAAGGGACGUCCUCACAUUUCAACGUCUUCACACUAAGCUACGGCGAGCUGCAGGAUGUGCAGGCUACUGCUGCAGCACAGACACUUCAAUAUCUGUUUCAACGUAGAAGAUCUUUUGUUGAAUUAGCCUUUUAAACUGAAGUUGCAUUAAAGUUUUUCUCCUCUUAUCGGGGGACGAGGCUUGGUGACCUGCUCAAUAAGAGAGACAAUGAUCUCACUGAAAACAUUACUAUGCUAUACCGUAACACAGGAGAGGAGAGAUUGCGCUUGUCAACAAAAACCACAUCUUGUAUGUGUCUAGAGGCGACACUGUGAAUAUUCUGAUCACGACUGUUAUUCAGGAACAGAUGGGAUGAGCUUUCUUCCCCAAGCUGUCUGUGCUCAGUUCAUCAUACAGCUCAUACAAGGCUGAAAAGAUCAGCCAGCACUUGUUGGUAUAUUGACGAUCAUUACUUGGCAGGUAUAUUUACAAUUAUGCAUAUGGGAGCAUGUCUGCAAAUAUGCUUUUUUCAUGGUGCACACUCCAUAGAUGAUACGUCAACAGGAUGCUUGCAUGUAUCGCAUCUUUUUUUUAAGCAGUAUUGUCCCUGUGAGGGCCUCUCUCAUGCAGCAUUUGGAUUCAUUUAAUCAUGUUUAUCCACACUUUAAUUCUGUCAUAGAUUGUCAUUCAAAAAUCAACUUUGUAUCCAAUUUUAAAUCAAGAAAUUCGCUUUGUAUGUCGACUCACGUCCAUUGAAACUGUCAUCUCUGAUGGUUAAUUAUGAUUAAUCAUAAGAUAGAUGUUUUUUGAUGGGAUCUUAUUAGUGUAAUGGAUGUUGAACAUUUUCCAGUUUGAGAUAUGUAUAAAUCAAACAUUGACAGUUCUAGACCAAAAUGGGAGUGAAGGGAAAUUUUCAGUGAAGUAAGACUGACAUCUAUUGGAACAAAAGUAUAUUAUUUCAAGCACAACACAGAAAUGCAUGUUUUGCAGCAUUGGAUCAUCCAAUAUACAGCUAUAUCACUGAAUAUGUAAUCAAAAUGCAAAAUAAAAUGUGGUUCACACUUUUCAUGGCAUGGUACAGUAUAUAUCCUCAACCAAGAGGCAAACAGUUCAAUGAAAUUUUAUUAAAACCUUGAUUAUUGUUGAA